AAAAUUCAUUAAGAAGGGAACAACUCCGUACUUGUCAUGACAAGAACUUGAAUAUUCAAAAUCCAAUACAAGAUCAAAAUAUGGGUACAAAUUUUAGUGCUGAUUCAGAAAACUUUGAAGAGGAGAAUUUUGCACAAAAUCGCAGGAGAAGUGCAAAUACUAACAAUGAAGAGAAUGAUGAUUCUGCAGAAUCAAAUAAUCAUCGAGUGCAAAGUGAUGAUGUAAUACUAAAUGAAUCUCGACAAGAAGCUGAUAAUUCUCAAAGGAAGAAAAAUCCACCUCGUGGUAGUAAUAAGUGUCUAAAGUUGAAUAAUUUGUCACAUGGGGAGAAAAAAAUCAUUACUUUUUAUCAGAAUAGAGCUAUUGAACCAGAAUUUUCACGAUAUCUUGGAAUUAUUAUUCGAGAUAGAAAUAUUUGCCCAGUAGCUGUUGAGAAUUGGGCCAAAAUACCACAACAAAAUAAAGAUCAUAUGUGGGCAUCCAUUAAGGUACAUUGAAAAUUA